CGUAAAACAAUGAGCUCACAACUACGCCAGUUGAAUACUAUUUCUUAGAGGAUCAAGAGACAUGAAGGGUAGUGUUGGUACAGUACAUGUACUUUGUACAGUACUUCUGUAUACUGUACAACAAGCAAGUGCUAAGCUUUGCUGGGAGGAGUGCACAGAUUUAGGAGUAGUUCAGAAUGUUGACAUCCAUGGUUGCAGAAGAAGAUCAUCUUAUCCUUUGCAGCAGGAUUUUAAGUGUAACGGCCGAACCGGUCCACCGUGUACGACGUUGAGGGGAGACACAGUGUAUCUAGAUCUACACUGGAAGGAUGAAGGACAUCAAAAUAUAACUCAGAAUGUUGUGUGGCAGUCAGGUUUCUUCGAUCUUCCCUGGGUUGGAAUGGAAACAGAGAUUUGCAAGUACACUAAUGGAGGUCAAGGAUGUCCGGGGUCUGGAGAGAACGGUGUGAGUAAUGUCCAGUUUCCAAUACAGAUUCUAGACAUGUAUCCAGCCGGAAAGUAUAAUCUGAAAUGGGAAAUACUGGACCGUACGUCCGAAGGAUCUAAAACCCUGGCCUGCUUUCUAAUAACUGUAAAAAUUAUGUAAAAUAUAUAUUUUUACAAGUCAA